CUUAUUAUCCAACUCUGAACUGAAAGUGCCCUUCAUUUCAUUGUCAUUCAUUUUCGGAUUUUUGGUCCACUUUUCCUUCCAAGGGCUCGCCACCAUCCGAUGUCUGAGUGCCUACCUCGUGGUGCCUUCGACCUUUGCCCAUCUCACGCGUCCAUCUCGUCUCGUUCGGAUCCCUCUCAACUUUUGUUAAGUAGAAAAGUGAAGUCAAAAAUAAAAUUGCCAAAAUCAAGUCAAAAUUUGUACUACGACUUUGGCAGAGCGUGGGACUGUGACCCGAGGAUCGGAUUACAUUUUCACACACAUUCUUCUUCUUUUCUUUAUGUGCAGUUAUUUUGGAGGACGCAGUAGUCAAAUAAUAACGAGACGAGCUUUAUUUUAUUAUUUAUUGAGAGGACAAGGCCAGACCAGUCAUUCACUUCACGGAGGGAAGAAGGAACGGAAACAAGUUGUUCGGAACAAGAGGGCGAAAAAGACGUAACAAAUUUACGUUGGUUGUUCUUCCAGCGGAAAAGAAAAGGGGACGAUUGAAUUUUGAUUUGUGAUGAAAAUGGAUCAAGCCGAGAUGACCAAGGCGAAACUGGCUGUGGUUGGAGGGGGCAGCCCCAUCCUCAGAUUGGACAAGAACGGUGGAAUGUUUCGGAUUCCAAUCUCUGAUAAAUGGGCACUUGCUGGAACGACGCAAGUAAAAUUUCGUUCCACUCGAACCACACUUUGCGUUUUGGGACUCCUCUUGACCCUAAUCGUGACCGGAGUCGUGCUCAAUUGCAGAAUUCACAACUUGGAGGCGAAGAAUGUCGCUUUGGAGGGAGAACUCCGCACCGUGAAUCUCAAGCUGACCUGUCUCAUGGCGAAAAUGUCGGGAAAUGAUGAUACCAGUAGGAUCUGUUCAGAGUGGGAGAAUGAAUUAAGGUUAUCACCCGUUGUUGAUCAAUACUAUGCAAAUGAAGAGAAGGAUGAUAAUGCACAAAAAUCUGGACGACGUGUUCCGCGAUCGGUGGGAAAUGAUGCGGAUUCCUCAUUUAAGAAUAUGAAUUUGACCUCCGCCUCCCAUCAUCGAAAACGAGAGCGAGGUACAGCAGUUACUAAAUCAGAAAUCUUGAAACAAUUCCGUAAUCUCAAGGAUCUCCGUGAAAAGGACCAAAUCGAUCUCACUAAGCUUAAAAUCAAACUUGAAUCUGCCAAGAUACGUGCUAAAACUGCAAAAUCUCUUCUCACUGCUUAUCGCGCGAGUGCCCGUGACCAAAAUCGAAAUGCUGGCAACACGAGUGAUGCCCGAGCCGUCUACUUAACCGUGCGUGAUACAGCGAUCAACAUUCAAAACCCUAAACUAGAACUCAUCGGUCCUUGGCACAUGGCGGAGACGGGUUCAAAUUUGGGCUUUAACGACCUAUGGUAUCGAAACUUGGCCCUUGACUAUAACGGAACUUCCGUCGUUUUUCAAGAAAAUGGACUCUACUUGAUUUAUGCGCAGGUUUACUACAAAAGCACGCAGACCAAGAAGGACAAAAUUUCUCCCAUGGGGUUCAAAAUCUACUUGAAGAAGAAUACAAAAACCAGCCAAAUGUUUAAACAACCAAUUCCCAUUGCCGAAUGUGUACCAGCCUUUCCCAAAACGUUUUAUCAAACCUGUUUCACCCAGAUUUGUUGGUUUAUCGAAGAGGGGGAUCAAGUCUACUUGGAGCACUUCACUGAAGCCUUUCCAGUCAUUGAGGCAGAAAAAAUGGGACAAACUUUCCUCGGAAUUGUUCGGCUUUCCCAUUAAUCGAGAAUAUUUUGCAUAGAAUUCUCAAUUACUCUUUUCAUGACAAUCACGUAGAAUUUAAUUAAAUCUUUAAUUAAAGUUCGAUAGAUUUUAGGAAGCAAUAUUCAAUCAGUAAUAAUAACUAACUACAUUGCCAAGCUUGUCAUUCUCAUUAAGAAGGAAAUAUGUACUACCUGAGUCCGUCCAGAGUGCUGGAAACUGUGAGGAUUCGUCUUUCGUGAUUUUACUUGGAGACUUAUUUAGCUUUCAUGUUACUUAUUACCAUUCAUGUGUUAUUAGUUAAUCAAUUAACGCUCAACUUCAAAGUUCCUAUUUUGCAGACCUGCUGUCUUAUCUUGACUGUAAAGUACAUACGCUUAUACAAUUUCUAAAAAUUAUUAUAAUCAUAAUCAUGCAACUUGCCAGUAUUUGUUAACAGUUUUUUGUCAUUUAUUAAAAAAAAAUGGUAUUAUAGAAAAGUUUCUGACCACGCGUUACACAUGUCCCAACACGUGCAAUUAAUAGAUAUCAAUAUUUUCAUAUUUUUAUCUUGUUUUUUUUUGUAAGACAAAUCGUAUUAAAAAUGAAUUUUACAAUCUGUUAAAACUAAA